CAUUAUAAUGAUAAAUCGGUGCACAUUCUCUAAUUUGACUGAACUAUAUGACAGUUCUUAAAAGUAGAAUAUAAAGUGCUUUAUGAGUUAAAUAAUGCAAAAUAUCAACAUGUGCAUCUUAAAUAGGAAUACAUUAUGUAUAAUAUUGUCUCUAUAUUUAUGCCUUUAUACAGCCAAAGGACAAGGGAAUUAUUUUCAAAUGUUGCUACAGGGAGUUUCUAAGUCACAACAAGUGCCAUCUAGUGAUAAUAUCUUAUCGACCGUAGGAUCUCUUCUACAAAACUACCAGGAUCAAAUCAUCGACUAUGCCGGGCAAACGUUGACCAGUGGAUUUGAAUCCUUGAGCCCAAAUACCACGGGUAACCUCUGUCUAAAUCACACGGAAUUAUUCAUCAAAGCACUACUCCGCCGCGAGAACUGGGCGCUCAGGAUGGUAGACGCAUUCGGUAAACCCGGACCAGGAAUCCUAGACUACAGCGUUAACUGGGUAGGAAACUACGAUGAGUGCAUUGCCAUUCAAGCCACUGCCUACGAAGACCCUGUCGCGAAAGAAGGGCCAACUACACCGUACACCGGAAAAUACUGCACUGCAUCAUUCCCUUUGGGCCCUCCGUCAAGCUUGGGACAACUUGCAUUAAAAUUUGGGCUUUGUGUUCCGGAUUCGUGUUCCCAGGAAGACCUCACUGGGAUUGUUAAUGCAGUGGCAGACUUGAUUCCCCAGAAUAUAUCAAGUAUUCCAUUACCGACAGCAAGCGUUACUUGUCAGGAGAAGUCGCUUGAAUUUACAGACAAGGCUUUAGCUGUCACGAUCGUGGGUGGCGUAUUUGCAGCUCUGAUUUUGAUAGCAACUGCUUACGAUGUCAUCGUGCAGCAUCUGUUGAACAAACACGACAAGAGUCACGUGACAACUUGUGAUCUCAAGUCUUUUAGAGGAAUAGAAAAUGGUGCUUUUGUGCAACCUGUUAUCAAGGAGGGAAUGACAAAUGGGCAUACCGAAGUGAUACAAAAUGGAAAAGAGAAAAAUGGUUUCACGGAUAUAGAAAAGGCUGCAAUAGGCCAAAAGAAGUCAUCAACAUCACAUUAUAAACCAGGUGUUCUUGGGCAGCUUCUACUCUCUUUCUCUGUAUAUACCAAAGCUUCGAAGAUCUUGAACACAAGCCAACCAAAGGGAACGCUGACGAGUGUCAAUGGGAUUCGCUUUAUCAGCAUGACCUGGGUUAUCUUAGGUCACACGUAUGGAUUUGGAGCUGCUGGACUAAGCAAUGGGGCAACAUUCAUGCCGCAGAUGUUCAAACGAUUCACAUUCCAAGCAGUGCUAAAUGCCACCGUCUCUGUGGACACGUUCUUUGUGCUCAGUGGCUUAUUAGUGUCAUAUCUAUCGUUGCGUGAGAUGAAGAAAAGAGGCGGAGCGUUAAAAUUCAACUGGCCUUUGUUCUAUUUUCAUAGAUACUGGAGGUUGACACCACCGUACAUGUUGCUUUUAAUGCUCUAUGUUCCAACCUUCAAGUAUUGGGCAGAUGGACCAUUCUGGCCUCAAAAUGGAAUGGAAAAUGAAGAGUGUAAAGAUACGUGGUGGAAAAACAUGCUGUAUAUUAACAAUGUGUAUGACUCGGAAAAACAUUGUAUGGGUUGGGGAUGGUACCUGGCUAAUGAUAUGCAGUUUUAUAUCAUUAGUCCAAUCAUGCUGGUUCCACUUUUUUAUUCUCCUGUAGCCGGAGGGGCUGUUUGUCUUCUGUUGAUACUUGGGAAUUUCAUUUGCACUGGCCUAAUAUCGAGACAUUAUGGUUUUCCCGCAAAUUUUAUAUUUCAACCGGAUGAUCAGAAUUUCAUGCCAAAGAUGUACUUUACACCAUGGACACGUAUUGGACCAUACGUUGUUGGAUUUUUUACCGGUUAUCUACUGUACAAAACAGAAUGUAAAGUGAAAAUGUCAAAGCUGAUGAACAUGAUGGGCUGGACAGUAGCAACAGCGGUAGCAAUCUCAGUUCUUUACGGUCUAUAUACACCUGAUGGAACACCUCCCGACCUUUCAAUUGCGGUAUCUGCUUUGUACAACGCCACAUCUAGAACUGCCUGGGGACUGAGCGUUGCCUGGGUGAUAUUUGCCUGUGCAACUGGAUACGGGGGUCCUGUAAAUGCAUUGCUGUCUUGGCCUGGUGUAACACCUCUAAGUCGGCUUACAUACUGCGCCUAUCUUGUUCAUCCCAUCGUGAUGGGUGUUUACGUCUAUAGUAGAAGGACGCUAAUGUACUGGUACGAUUUGGAACUGAUUUAUCUUUUCCUCGGAAAUAUCUGCGUAUCCUAUGCUGCAGCGUUUGUCAUUUCCUUGGCAUUUGAAUCCCCAAUGAUGGGUCUGGAGAAAGUGUUGCUGGGAAGGCAGAAAAAUAGUUAAUAAGUGUCCUAAUCAAAGACAAAUGCUAACAAACUCUUGCAACACUUUGACUCGGUUUAUUUUUGUAAGCCCAUGCCUGUUAUUAUGCCUUUUGCAAACAAUAAAAAAAUAGCCAACAACUGUAAUGAUUUGUUAAUCAGGGUGGAGGAGAAUGAGUAAAUAAACAUUUGGAGAAUUUAUAAGUACAUUUAUUAUACCUAACAUAAAUGCCCACUGCAAAUUUCCUGUUAGUUUAACUUGAUGAUACACCAUAGUCCCCAGUGAUUUAAUAUCUAAUGCUAAAAAUCGUUAUUUUGGUUUUCUGUCAUUCAUUAACUUAAUAUCACAUGCGCAACCGUGCUAUUUUUGUUUUCUGCGAUAUUCUUAUAUCUCGAGGUGAACAUUUUUCAUUUCACCCUCUCUCAGAUAUGAAAUGCAAUAUUUAUAUGAUAUCAUUGUCUUUCCUUUAAAACAAGCCUUUAACUCUUUUAGAUGUCUCUUUUUUCAAAAUUUUGUGUAAAAACUUCUGAAUUUUAUUUUUUUUGUCAGCGAAAGUACGUACUAAAUAUGAUAGUGUAUGUAUCAUGAACUAUCUUUUAUUUUACCUGUCACUUUCAAAUACGUACAUUCUGUUAAGUGCUAGCCACGCCCUUGUGUACGCUUAAAGAUGUUAAGACUUUCUGCAAACGGUUAGCGUUAAUACUUAAAUUCCUUGUAAAGUGUCAUACAAUCGGCCGAGUUUUGUCUUUAUUUCCUGAUUUUUUUUGUCAGUAGUAUCAGCAUCUUGUUUAUACAGUUUUCCUUUCCUGAUUAUUGUACAUUUGUUUCCUUGGAAACAUCUAACAAGUCCAUUCUGCUUCUGAUGUUUUCCAGUUGUUAAUAAAUUCGACAAAUUUAUGUAUCUUUUAGUGACUAUGGCUU